AUGCAGAAAAUAUUCGUGUUUGCUGGUCUCGCUGCUGUGGCGGCAGCUGAACUUGGCGGCGUUCUCCUAUGUACCGGCGCUAAUCAAACAGGCAUCUGCCAAUACAAAGUCGUCCCUUUCGAAGAGUGUAUCCAAGUCCCCCAGAUCUUCUACACUAACACACGAACCUUUGCUCCUGACGGUGAAGAGUUCUACUGCUACCCGCGGGUGACCAACUGCGGCGACCCGUGCAACCUACCGACGGGCUGCACCUCUGGAUAUGUAGACUUUGCAUACCAGCACAAAUACAACUUGACCGCCGUUGGGUGGGACAGAUUGGUGCGCAGUUUUGACUGCCAUGCGGGUAAGGCCGUGUACAACAGUACGACGCCCGGCGCGCCACAGUCGUAA